AUGAUUACUCAUAUCUAUCUAUCUAUCUAUCUAUCUAUCUAUCUAUCUCUCUCUAGUCAUAUCUAUCUCAGUCUAGUCAUAUCUAUCUAUCUAUCUAUCUAUCUAUCUAUCUAUCUAUCUCAGUCUAGUCAUAUCUAUCUAUCUAUCUAUCUAUCUAUCUAUCUAUCUAUCUAUCUAUCUAUCUAUCCAUCCAUCCGUCCAUCUAUCUAUCUAUCUAUCUAUCUAUCUAUCUAUCUAUCUUAUGAAUGUGUUAACAUCUCAAAAGUUCGCGCGAGAUUCUACGUGAUUUCACUGCGUCAUAUUUUUCUUUUCUAUCUUCGUAUUCGUCAGAUUUUUAGACGCGAUGUUAGGCCAGCAUUCAUAUCUAUCUAUCUAUCUAAUUCGAUUCAUAUCUAUCUAUCUAUCUAUCUAAUUCGAUUCAUAUCUAUCUAUCUAUCUAUCUAUCUAUCUAUCUAUCUAUCUAUCAUUCGAUUCCUAUCUAUCUAUCUAUCUAUCUAUCUAUCUAUCUAUCUAUCUAUCUAUCUAUGUAAUUCGAUUCAUAUCUCUCUAUCUUAUUCUGUUCAUAUCUAUCUAUAUUUCAUUCGGUUCAAAUCUAUCUAUCUAUCUAUCUAUCUAUCUAUCUAUCUAUCUAUCUAUCUAUCUAUCUAUCUAUCUCUUCCUGUUCAUAUCCAUCUAUCUCACCCCGUUCAUAUCUAUCUAUCUUUUUUAAAAUCAACAUUUCGCUUCAACAACUGGACUGAUGUAUACCGUACACGUAAAUAUAAUUAUAUUUUUUCUAUCUAUCUAUCUAUCUAUCUAUCUAUCUAUCUAUCUAUCUAUCUAUCUAUCUAUCUCAUUCUAACGCAAACAUCGAUGUAUGCAGACACAUUUUAUGUUAGUACGAUGAAUGACGAAACGACGAAAUUUCCCCCACCACUUCCACAAUAA